GGUCAAAGUCAGAGUGGAGGACAUGGUCCCGGUGGUGGCAAGAAGGAUGACAAGGAUAAGAAGAAGAAAUAUGAACCUCCAGUUCCAACCAGAGUGGGGAAAAAGAAGAAGAAAACAAAGGGACCAGAUGCUGCCAGCAAACUCCCCCUGGUGACUCCUCACACACAGUGCAGACUCAAAUUGUUGAAGUUGGAGAGAAUUAAAGAUUACCUCUUAAUGGAGGAAGAAUUUAUCAGAAAUCAAGAACAGAUGAAACCUUUGGAAGAAAAGCAAGAGGAAGAAAGAUCAAAGGUGGAUGAUCUGAGGGGAACACCGAUGUCUGUGGGUACCUUGGAGGAGAUCAUUGAUGACAACCACGCUAUCGUGUCCACGUCAGUGGGAUCGGAACAUUACGUCAGUAUUCUGUCUUUUGUGGACAAGGAUCUGCUGGAGCCAGGCUGCUCUGUUUUGCUAAAUCAUAAGGUUCAUGCUGUGAUAGGAGUCCUGAUGGAUGACACAGACCCUCUAGUUACUGUGAUGAAAGUGGAGAAAGCUCCUCAAGAAACAUAUGCUGACAUUGGCGGCCUUGACAACCAGAUUCAAGAAAUCAAGGAGUCUGUGGAGCUUCCUCUCACCCAUCCUGAAUAUUACGAAGAGAUGGGUAUAAAGCCACCCAAAGGAGUCAUUCUGUACGGCCCCCCUGGCACAGGUAAAACUUUACUAGCCAAAGCAGUGGCAAACCAAACUUCAGCAACCUUCUUGAGAGUGGUUGGUUCGGAGCUGAUACAGAAAUAUUUGGGUGACGGUCCGAAGCUUGUGCGCGAACUGUUCCGUGUGGCUGAAGAGCACGCUCCGUCGAUUGUCUUCAUCGAUGAAAUCGAUGCCAUCGGGACAAAGAGGUACGAUUCAAACUCAGGUGGCGAGAGAGAGAUCCAGCGCACAUUGAACCAGCUGGAUGGGUUUGACUCUCGAGGGGAUGUUAAAGUUAUCAUGGCUACAAACAGAAUAGAAACACUGGACCCAGCUUUGAUUAGGCCAGGACGUAUUGACAGGAAAAUAGAGUUCCCUCUACCUGAUGAAAAGACCAAGAAACGAAUCUUUCAGAUUCACACAAGUAGGAUGACGUUGGCAGAUGACGUGACUUUGGAUGAGCUGAUUAUGGCAAAAGAUGACCUCAGCGGUGCAGAUAUUAAGGCAAUUUGUACAGAAGCUGGACUGAUGGCGUUGAGGGAACGGCGAAUGAAAGUAACAAAUGAAGACUUCAAAAAGUCUAAAGAGAAUGUUCUCUACAAGAAGCAGGAGGGAACCCCCGAGGGACUGUAUCUUUAAGCCAUCUGUCU